CAGCUCACAAGCACACUCUGCGGCGUGCCACACUGACCGUCGCAGUGACUCUCAGUCCGCCUCGCAACGCUUAAUACACCCAUUGCACGCGUCGCACGAUCGAAGUUCAGUGCGUCAACGCGUAACCGCAGUUAAAGCCCUGAGAGCACCCUCAGAGAGAGCAGUGCUUAAAAAUGCAAGCGCUGCGUCACGCGCGGCGACUCCGGCACGCCGUCAAUGCAAUACGCCACUCCUCCCAGCAGCGCCAGCCCAAGAAGCCCUUCGUCAUCCUAAGCUUAGAUGGAGGCGGCUGCCGCGGCUACAUGAGCAUCCGGUUACUAGAAAGAGUAUCCAAUGAAGCACCGGGCUUCUUAGAUAGAGUGGACCUCUUCGCGGGGACGUCUACCGGUAGUAUACUAGCGGCCUUUCUCGCGGGCGGCGCGUCACCAGCAGAAGCAGCUUCAUAUUAUGAGCAAUACGUCCCGGCGAUCUUCGGGCGGCCCCGCAAUCUUGUACGAAGGGCCUGGGACGCCAAGUUCUCCAAUAAACCGCUGAAGGACGCCCUGCGUACGUACUUCGGCGACGCGACGGUAGCGCAGCUUCCCAAGCAUUUUCUGGCACCCGCGUUGAGGGUGGACGGCGAGGCUUCAAGUACAACGUCGGCCGAGGUCUGGCGCCUCUCGCAAUCUAGGGAGGGCGGCUGGCGGCCGGCCGUCUUUUCGAACCUGCCCGCCGUCAGGGGUGCGAGACCGGACGUGGAACUGAAGAUCUCUGACGCGCUCUUGCGUUCAUCAGCAGCACCGACGAUCUUACCCUUAUAUCAAAACUACGGCGACGGCGGCAUCUGGGCGAACAACCCGACGAUGCUCGCCGUCGCGAAGGCUAAGCUACAUUUAGGCCUCGAUCCGAGCGACGUGAGGGUACUGAGCGUCGGCGCGGGCUCCUGGGCGCGGCGCGUCGUGGAGCCGACGGCAAAGGAGAAGGACCUGGAUCUGGGCCUGGCGGACUGGGCGCCGCAUCUGCUGGAGAUGGUCAUCGACGCGUCUGGGAUGACCACGGACAUGGAGGCCUCGUUCUUACUACGGGAGAACUACACGCGCCUCUCGCCCUUGAUACCGCAAGGCGUUUCGUUGGCCCUCGACGACCCCUCAACGCUACAGAGGCAGCUCGAGUAUGCGCGCAACACGGACAUAGAUAAAGCGGUUGAAUUUGCUCAACGUAUUGUAGCUGAGCCUUCAUCCAUACUCGAAUUGCCGGACGAGCCGCUCGGCGACAGCGUGCACGACCUCAAGGAAGUCGACCGCCUGAAGCUGGUCGACCGGGCCUGGGCCGACGCCGCGGCGAAGUGGCAGCAGGAGAACAAGAGCACCGACGACUUCGGGAGUCGGAAGCGCCGGUCGCUCGAGAAUUGGAGGAGGACGCGGGAGGGCUAGUCCCCCAUACGCCAUCGACGCGACGUUUGUUGUUAAGAAGUUUUGAUCAUGUA